AUGUGCAUAGCAGUGUUUCUGUGGCAAUCGCAUCCGCUUUACCCUUUUCUUCUCUUUCUGAAUAGAGAUGAAUAUCACGAGAGGGCGACGGAGGCGCUGCGUUGGUGGGAAGACGAUGAGACGGUGGGAGGAAGAGACCUUGUGGGGGGCGGCACGUGGCUGGGGUGCACGAGGCAUGGCCGUAUCGCUUUCCUCACCAAUUUCAGGGAGCAGGAGACCUCCUCCCUCCCGAAUGCUAAAUCCCGUGGACAUCUCCCUCUUCGCUACUUGCAGAGCCUUAAGAGCCCGGCCGAGUUUGCUGAGGAGAUACAAGACGAGCUAUCUCUCUACAAUGGCUUCAACUUGGUAGUUGCUCAUGUCUCUUCCAGAUCCAUGAUCUACAUUACCAACCGGCCACGCCACAGUGACAAGCCCGUCGUCACGCAAGUCUCUCCGGGGAUCCAUGUCCUUUCCAACGCCAGCCUCGACACACCUUGGCCCAAGUGUCUGAGGCUGAGACAAGGUUUCAAACAGCUUCUGGCUGAAAACGAGGUUGGUGAAUUCCCGGUGAAGAUGAUGGUGGAGGAGGUGAUGACCAAUACCGUCAAGGACCAAGAGCCCCAGCUACCUCACGUUUUCCCUCCAGAGUUGGAAUACCAGCUCAGCUCCAUCUUCGUCGACACUCAGAGACCAACUGGGCGUUAUGGGACCAGAAGCAUCUCAGCGCUCAGCAUCAAGUCCCAUGGUGAGGUUUGCCUCUACGAGAGGCAUCUUGAAGAUGGUGAUUCCUGGAAGGAACACACCCAACACUUCGCAUUACAAAACCAAGGCAUCAUCAUUUGA